AUGCCUGUUACCCCACCCAUCGAGUUGGCCAUCGCAGCCCUGCGGGACAAGACGCUUUCCGCCAAAGCCCUCGCCUUCAAGAUUGUUGUUCAGUGCCGCAGGGCAGUGCAGCUCACCACAGCGGAUGCGGUCACGAGCGGGCGCGCGGAAGGCGGGGACACACCGGGAUUGGAAGGGUACUUGUGGAGCAUCUGGGGCUGGCUCACCGAAGUCGCGAUGAGGGAUCCCUCGCGGCACGACUUCUUCGCAGGCGUGCUUGCCGCGGUCAAGGCGAAGUACAACCAAGACACCGACUGGGUUAUCUGGGGGCAACCAUUCGACUGGGCGAACCUGCCGCUCUGGGGCCCGACCGUCGCCGAGACCAUGAAUUGCGGCCUGAUCCCGAUCCACGACGAGGAAGGAGUGGUGGUGUUGAUUCAGCCAUAUGAUGAGAAACUGGGCCAAUCCAUCCUCGCGGGUGACCCUGCUCCGGAUACGCCGGAGGGGUGGGGGUGGGCCCGCGCCCGCACGAGAUGGCUCAAUUACAACGCGUUUCGCGCACGCCUUUGGGAUCUGGCCGUCGACGAGGAUCCGCACUGGGCGAUGGUGAUGGUCGCUAGGUACCUAGAACCGCUCUCGCUCCCAAAGGAUGUCUGGCGGUCCAAGCCCGGCGAUGCCACGUUUCCGCGUGAGCUGGGGAUGGAAACAGGCAUGACAUGGUUGCGGGUCGCGGGCGCACGGAUGUUUAUGUGCCGCGAGGUCUGGGGUCGCGACUCGAUUGCGGCCACCGGCGUGGGAGGCAGCCGGGGAACGUGGAAGAGCGUGUCUGGGUAUCACCCUGACCGGUGGACGCAUUGGAAGGACAUCCUUCAGGCUCUUGUCGGGGGCGAGAAGGGCGAGUGGCGCACGAAUGUGAUAGAAGCGGCCAAGUCGACGUUGGAUGCCAUGGAGAAAGCAGAGGUUGAGGCUCGCGGCCUGCAAAGUUGA